AUGGACAGUCAUCCUGGCGCCGCGCCGGUAGCACCUGCUAGGUGUCUCAAGGCCAGAGCUCCGUCCUGUGUAUUCAAAUUGUUUUCGUCUAAUUUAAGCUCUUUUAUCGUGGCUAAAGCGUUAGUAGUAAAUAUGUUGGGUGGCUUGCUCAUCACACAAAUGAAUGCCCCCGGUGGGACUCGAACCCGCGACCGCUGGCACAGUAAG